AUCUGACAUAACCUGUCCUCUCCUUGCCUCACCUAAUGGGGGCGAGACAAGUCUUGAUGCCAGAGUCUUUAUUAAGGCGAGUACCAAGACCAGGGCAUUAAGAGUCAAGGCAAGCUCCAGUCCGGUCCACAACAGCUGACUUUUCUCUGUGCGGAAGUAUUUCAUCUUGGGUCAUCACAGGCCACGAACACAACCAUGAUCAAGUUUUUCAUCCUUUUGCUUCUGCUUGUCGGAGCCAUCAAUUACGGUAACAGUGAUCAUGGACCAGACACCUGGCCGGAGGAACCAGGCUUCAUGCCGGAGAAACCAGGCUACUGGCCGGAGAAACCAGGCUACUGGCCGGAGAAACCAGUCUACGGGCCGGAGAAACCAGGCUACUGGCCGGAGAAACCAGGCUACUGGCCGGAGAAACCAGUCUACGGGCCGGAGAAACCAAGCUACUGGCCAGUGAAACCAAAGCCCGAGCCGGAGGGAUCAGGCUACUGGCCGUCGGGAUCAGGCUACUGGCCGGAGGAAUCGGGCGACGGGUCAGGUGGUCAAAAUCUCAAGAUUGUUGCUUUGGAUAAAGACACUGACCUCCUGGUUAAACUAAAUUACCCAGGCUCAUCUGAUGACUACGAAGUUAUUGUGAAGGUCAUCGGUCGAGUAGUCGUGCUUAAAGUGGUCUGUUUGACGGAGAGCCCAUGGGCUGCGUACGGCUAUUGACAACGGCAUCGAGCUGGCGCUCAUCCAUUAAUCUGUUGCGAUAUUAGUUUGACAUGUAUUUCUGACUUCAUCUUCCUGUUCUACUUCUUUUGCUGCCAUUACAUGCUAAUCACUGGGGGAGGUGUGGCCGAUUUAUGGUGGUGUGAAGAAGAUGCUACUUUGAUAGCUUGGAAAGGAUGUUAUUUUGUAUGACUUGUUCCUUAAAAGACAGAGAAGGAAUAAAGCCACACUUUAUUUGGAAUCUUA